AUGGUCUACUACCAGCGUCCCCAGUCUCCCCACAGAGACGAGGACCCCUACUACAACCAUAACAACAAUAACAACAACCGCAAUAACAAUACUUACAGAGGUGCCCCCGUAGACCGAGACCGAGAUCGGGACCGUGACUACCACCGCUCCCGCCGCUCCUCCUACUCUCCCGCUAGGGGCCGUUCGCCGCCCCGCGACGCACCAAAAGCGCCCCGUGCCUACCACGGGCCGUCAUCCUCGUCCUACCGCUCACGGUCCGACUCGCACGACCGGAUGAGCGGGAGAGGGGGAAACAGUGGCGGCGGAGGCGGGGGGUACUAUGACCGCGAUGCGCCCCGGGAUCGCAGCCGCAGCAGGGAAGACAGGGAGUGGCUGGGAGGGCCGGCGAGUCGGGAUGUGAUCAUUGAGGGACUGGGAGCGGAUGUGGAUGAGGAUUACAUUAUGAGAGGUCUUCAAGAAGGAUUGCAAGUUGAGAACGUGGAGAAAGUCACGAUUAUUCGAGAUCGCAAAACCGGCAAUUCAAGGCAGUUUGCCUUUGUCCAUUUCUACUCGGUACCGGAUGCGCGCGCUUUCUUGCAGCAGUACUAUCCAAACAAGCUGAACCUCGGGCCUGGUGCGGAUAGGUGUAAGGUGGCGUUUUCCAAGGAACGGGAUAAUGAGGAUGGUGGCAGGAGAGGCAGGAGGAGAGAUGACGGCGAGGAGGAGUGGAAAUGCAGAGUUUGCCUUCUCCUGAACUUCCCCAGACGCCAAGAAUGCUUCCGCUGCCAGACCCCACGCUCAGAAGUCACCCUGACCGGCACCCUCACCCACCCGACCCCAACACACUUCACAAAUGACGGAGAACGCGACAUGGCCACAUCCCCCCCUUCGCAAUUCCUCCUCUUCCGCGGCCUCGAGCCCUCCGUCACCGAAGAGCUCCUCGCCAAGGGCGCCCUCAAGCUCACGGUCCCUCCCGGCACCACCCCCGAGCUCCCCCCAACCUCCCGCACCGGCGGCGCCCCCAUCGGCGCAAAGGAAUCCUCCAUCAAGCGUGUGCUCCUCGUGCGCGACCGCAAGACGGACGAGAGCUGGCGCUACGGCUUCGUCGAGUUUGCAACGGCCCUCGACGCCCAGGCCGCCCUCGCCGCGUACAACAAGACAGAGAAAUUCACAAUUAGCAGCCGCCCCGUCACGGCGUCCUAUAUACACCCGGGCGUGUUUGUGCCCGUGUAUAAUGCGUCAAGAGGCGCCGAGCGCUUCACAUUCCUACCGAUGACGGCGAACGUGGGCGGUGGCCUGCGCCUGGCGUAUUGGGACGAUGAUGGGUAUGUGUCGGAGUUUAUAGUCUCGAAGCCUGAGCAGGAGCCCACUGCCGCCGCCGCCUCCGCCUCCGCCGAUGAGGCCGCAGCAGACUCAAAGAAGGCGGCAAAGGGCACGAAAGACACCACAGACGAAAAGACAAAGACCAAGAAACGCAAAGCCGACAAAGACGCCGCCGCCACCGGCACCGCGGCACCCGGCAUCUCCGCCGCCUCAACAUCCAAAAAGGCCACCCCAGCCCACCUCCAAUUCUGGCAAAACCGCCACUCGGAGCUCCACGGCAUCACCAAGCCCGACACCACCACCUCCACCACCAUCACCACAGCAGAAUCAACAACAGGCUCCACCUCCGGCGACGGCGGCGACGACGACAAGCCCUCCUCCACCGGCGGCUCCGCACCAAAAAAACGCCGCACCGCUGAACCGGCUGAUGAGACACCGCGAGAGUCGUUCGCAGACAUGAACAAGCUCGCCUGCCUCCUCUGCUCCCGCGUCUUCAAGACACCCGAAAAAGUCCACGAGCACGAGCGCGUCAGCACUCUGCACGCCUCGAACCUGAAGGACCCCGCGCUGUGCGAAGCGGCACUCAAGAAGCUUGCUAAGGCCGGCAUCACCGCCUCGUCCGCCUCGUCCGCCACACCCGAGUACCGCGACCGCGCCAAGGAGCGACGACAAGUAUUCGGUAAGAGCGCGCCCGCUGCAGCAAGGAAGGAGCCUACCGCGGCGCCGGCAGCACAGGCGGAGGCGGAGGUGGUGGCGCAGAGCAAGGGUGCAGCGCUGCUGGGCAAGAUGGGGUGGACGAGCGGGCAGGGGCUUGGCGCGAGCGGGGAGGGCCGCACAGAGCAUGUGGUGGCGGAGAUGUAUACGCAGGGCGCGGGGCUGGGGAUGAAGGGUGCACGGGUGGGGGAUGUGGAGGAGGUUGCCCGGGGGGGCGGCGGCAGCGGGGGCAGUUAUAGUGAGUUUGUGAAGAAGACGAAGGAGAGGGCUUUGGAGCGGUAUAAGGGGAUGGAUUGA